CGGCCGUAUGGCGGCUGCGGCGCUGCGCCUGUGCCGCGCCGCGCGCCUGCUGCCGGCUGCUGCCGCCGCGACCCAAAACACGGCCCCAGCCCCGCGGCCGCCUCCGCGCCUCGCCUCCUCCUCCUCCUCUUCCUCCUCCGCCUCCUCUGCUUCCCGGCCCUCUCCGCCACAGCCCGCCAUGCCGGCCUUCCAGUACCCCGAGGUGUACCGCGACGAGACCGCCGUGUCGGAUUACCAUGGAUGUAAAAUCAGUGAUCCGUACUGCUGGCUUGAAGAUCCCGAUAGUGAGGAGACAAAGGCCUUUGUGGAGGCUCAGAACAAGCUCACAGUACCCUUUCUUGAGCAGUGUCCUGUUAGAGGACUGUUCAAGGAACGAAUGACUGAACUCUAUGAUUAUCCUAAGUACAGCUGCCACUUCAAGAAAGGAAAAAGGUAUUUUCACUUCUACAAUACUGGGCUCCAGAAUCAGCGAGUUUUGUAUGUACAAGAUUCCUUGGAUGCCGAUGCCAAAGUUUUUCUUGAUCCAAAUAAGCUUUCUGAUGAUGGCACCGUGGCCUUACGAGGUUAUGCAUUCAGUGAAGACGGUGAAUACUUUGCAUAUGGCCUGAGUUCUAGUGGCUCUGAUUGGAUUACUAUCAAGUUCAUGAAAGUAGAAGGUCCUGAGGAUCUCCCAGAUACACUGGAGAGAGUUAAAUUCAGUUGCAUGGCAUGGACCCAUGAUGGAAAAGGCAUGUUCUAUAACUGCUACCCGAAACAAGAUGGGAAAAGUGAUGGCACUGAGACCUCCACUAAUCUGCAUCAAAAGCUGUAUUAUCACGUAUUAGGAACUAACCAGUCAGAAGAUAUCCUAUGUGCUGAAUUUCCUGAUGAACCAAAAUGGAUGGGGGGAGCUGAGGUGUCGGAUGAUGGUCGGUAUGUCUUGCUGUCUAUCAGAGAAGGCUGUGAUCCAGUGAACAGACUGUGGUACUGUGAUCUACAGAAGGAGUCUCAGGGUAUAUCAGGAAUUCUUCAAUGGGUGAAGCUGAUAGAUAACUUUGAGGCUGAGUACGAGUAUGUCACCAAUGAAGGAACAGUGUUCACUUUCAAGACAAACCGCCAUUCUCCAAAUUAUCGGUUAAUCAACAUUGACUUCAGUGAUCCUGAGGAAUCCAAAUGGAAAGUUCUCGUCCCUGAACAUGAAAAAGAUGUUCUAGAAUGGGUUGCUUGUGUGAGGUCCAAUUUCCUGGUUUUAUGCUACCUGCAUGAUGUGAAGAAUAUCCUGCAGCUUCAUGACCUAGCCACUGGUGCACAUCUCAAGACGUUUCCCCUAGAAGUUGGUAGUAUUGUGGGAUAUAGUGGCCAAAAGAAGGACACUGAAAUAUUCUACCAGUUUACUUCCUUUUUAUCUCCAGGUAUUAUAUAUCACUGUGAUCUGACCAAAGAGGAACUGGAGCCAAGAGUUUUCCGAGAAGUGACUGUUAAAGGAUUUGAUCCUUCAGUUUACCAGACAAUUCAGGUUUUCUACCCUAGCAAAGAUGGCACUAAGAUCCCAAUGUUUAUUAUUCACAAGAAAGGAAUUAAAUUAGAUGGUUCUCAUCCUGCCUUCUUGUAUGGAUAUGGAGGCUUCAACAUAUCAAUUACACCGAGCUACAGUGUGUCAAGACUUAUUUUUGUGCGACACCUGGGAGGUGUUCUAGCAGUGGCGAACAUCAGGGGCGGGGGUGAAUAUGGAGAGACCUGGCACAAAGGUGGUAUCUUGGCCAACAAACAAAAUUGCUUUGAUGACUUUCAGUGUGCUGCCAAAUACCUCAUCAAGGAAGGCUACACAUCCCCAAAGAAGCUGACUAUUAAUGGAGGCUCAAAUGGGGGCCUCUUAGUUGCUGCCUGUGCUAAUCAGCGCCCUGACCUGUUUGGUUGUGCUAUUGCCCAAGUGGGAGUGAUGGAUAUGCUCAAAUUCCACAAGUACACCAUCGGCCAUGCUUGGACCACUGACUAUGGUUGCUCCGACUGUAAGGAGCAGUUCGAAUGGCUGCGCAAGUACUCUCCACUUCACAACGUCAAACUACCAGAAGAAGACGGCAUCCAGUAUCCGUCCACGCUGCUUCUCACAGCAGACCACGAUGACCGUGUGGUCCCUCUGCAUUCUCUGAAGUUCAUCGCUACCCUGCAGUACGUUGUGGGCCGAAGCAGUAAACAAACCAAUCCACUUCUCAUCCACGUUGACACCAAGGCUGGGCAUGGAGCAGGAAAGCCAACUGCUAAAGUUAUAGAAGAAGUGUCAGAUAUGUUCGCUUUUGUAGCACGAUGUCUAAAUCUUGAGUGGAUUGAAUAGGAAAAAUGCUUAUUACUGUCUCCUUUAGAAAACAAGGGCUUUAACAUUUAAGAACAGCCACACUACAACAUGGUGUAGUACUUACAUUUAAGAACUACAGUUUAAUCUUUUAUUGAUCCAACCUGCUAUGGAGUUUUCAUCUUCUCUGCUUCCCUCUUUUUGGCAUUUCUUUGAUUUUUUUUCUACUGCAUUCCAAAUUCCAUUUUGAAAAGCAUGUUCAAAAAAAAUAGCUGAGCUACUCUCAGUACCGUUGUGAAAAUUUAGAUUUCAAAAUUAGUGCUAUUUGAGCUUAUUUCCUGUAAACAGUUUUAAUGUAUUUCACCUAUAAACAUAUCCAGACCAUUUGUAAUUAAAUGUAAGUACUGUUCACAUACAAGAUCUCUGAGCAUAUUUUAUUUACACAGUAAUUUAUUUAAGAAUGUAAAUUGAAGGUAUUCAGUGAUGACCAUGAGAAACAGAAGAGACAGUAAUCCAGUUACGUCAAAUAUUAUUAAAAAGCCUAUAUUACAUUCUGUUCAUAAACGUGUUACAGUCUAUAAUAAUGAUUUUGCUCCAAAGAGACUUUAAAAUGUCACCAGUCUUCUCUUCUGCCAUUUAUUUCUGCACAGAAGAGAAGACUGGAGGCUGAAAAACUUGAUGAAAUCUUAGAUUCUCACUGUAAUCUCAGUCAAGCUAUACAGACAACAACCUAUGUGAAAUUAUUUCUUUAACUGUUUCUGAAGAGUAGACCAGGCACUGAUUUAAAUAAAUAAACAAAAUAUAAACUAACACAAAACAAAAAAAAAACAACCCACUCCAACCCAAAGCCACAGCUUUGUCCAGAUUAUUCAGGUUCAGUUUUUUUCUGAUGCUUCUCACAAGACAUUCUCUAACAAGGCAAAAUCUGAACAUGCAUAUAUAACCUAGUUUUGGCUGCAAAACAACAAGAGCUCGUAGUCAGACUCCCCUGUGAUUUGACACAGGCACAUUAUUUGAACUGCCAUUUUUCCCAUCUAGGCUGUAGAGCUGUAAAGUAGAUGUGAGUAUUUGCCUGCUGUUUAAUCUCUGAUGCACUGCAGGAAUUACAGUUUGAUUUUGCAGAGGAAAAAGGUAUUUUAUCAACUAUCAUUAGUAUUGCUGCCCGUCCACAAAACAUCAGUGUUUCUCAUUUUUGGAUGAGCUGAUGUAAUCUUCCAGAAUCGUGCUUGUAAUUACAUUCAUACUUAAACCCUAAGGACAGUAUUUUAACUCUGGGCUCAGGAGCUUUAUCACUAAACAAUGCCUUGGUGCAGGAAGAGGAGGGAGCAGUAUUUAAAAGAGAAGGGGAUGCUCUAAAGAGCAGCAAAAAUAAAAAUAAAUUUGUACCAGAGUCACUCUGUGUUUCCCUCAUGAUCUGGACUUCUUUUGAUUCUCUCUGGAGUCCAGGAAAGAUCAUCUUCUCCAGGCCCUUAUUGUGUAUGGCUAAUUUGAUUUUAGGAGAAAAUAAAAAAUUAUUUCUGCUUUCAUUUGAAAUACCACACCUUAAACCUGUAUGUGAUCUGGGGUUUAUUUAGGAUCCACGGGUAUUGCAAGAUACUCUGUAAACUUUUGCACUCUAAUCACAGCAUUGAAUUAAACAAUCAGAGUAAAGAGUUGAGGGAGGGUAAUUUUUUUUUCCUUCCUGACUGUGAAAACAGGGUACAGAUUCAGGAUCCCCCUUUUCUGAGAGGUAUAUGAACUACUUUCUUUGCUCAUCUAGAAAUUUUCAACAGCUUUCCCAUGUGGCAGAAACAAAGGACUUAAAGCUGUGCCGUCUCCAUUUGAAAUAUUCAUAGUUGUGGCAUGUAGCCUUCCAUUGAAUUUGUAUUUUCUGUCAAGAGGGCAGUACCCAGUUCACCUCUGAUACAGAGCUUUGCAGUAUAGGGUGUGUGGAAACAUGGUCCUCAGACAUUCAAGAAAUAGAGCUGAACUGUGUCGGUGCAUUGAAUUGCAAAUGCCUGAGUACAGCCAGCUCAGUCAUCUCUAGGUCUGUUCCUAAAAAUGCUUUUCCUUGUUCUCCAGUUGCUCAAACACAAAACUUCUGGCACAGGUUAAAAGUAACUCCUUUUCCUUCUGAAGCCUUCUGUUGAAGCUGAGUUCCCUGAAUGACUCAGUGUCACAACAGAUGACCCAUAAUGUGGGGACUUUGGAAACAAACAUUUCACUGAGUGGCAAUCAGAAGUACUGAAAGUGGAGCUGCUUGCUGGAGACACCACUCACAAAGUAAAUGUUCCAGUGUAUUGGAAAGGCAUUGUGUUUCUGUAACAGGGUCAUCAUGUCAACAUUUAUUUGAUCUUAAUCAGCUGUGCCAAGUUCAGGAUUCAGGAGCCAAAAAAAUGAUGUUGCAAAGCUGUCCUGUUAUCUGAGUUGCUGCUUUUGAGGCAGACAGGGUCAUACUCCAACUGGAAUCUGUAAUUAAGUCUGAGCGGGUAAUGCUCUUGUAAUAUAGUGGGAUUUAAACCUUUGGGGUUUUGAUUAAAUAGACCUGCAGCCAAACCAUUCCUGCUGUAUAAAACAUAAUGAAAUUUCUGUUAGUCUAGUUUCAAGGUUAUUUUCUCUAUAGUGAAAACGCUAUUUUAUGAAGAUACUCGUGUCUUGUUUUAUGGUGUCUAUUUCCAGUAUAUGAAGCAAAAUUCACAAGCUGGGCAAGGUAAUCUGCCAAAUAUCUGCUUUUUCCAAACCACCUUAGAAAAAUAAAUACUGACGUCUUGCACCAAGAUCCAGCACCCCCAAAAAAGCCCUGUAAGAGGCUUAUGUUACAUGAAGAAAAAUCUGGUUUUAUGUGGAAAUAAAUGAACUUUUUACAUAAUUCUCCUAAUAGUCUUCACAACUGAUGUAAAGAUAUCUUAGUCGUCUUUCCUCCCAUGAAUGUACAUUUGCAUUAGAGUUGAUUUAUGUGAAAAAGGUCAGAAGUAUUUUUAAAAGCUGAGAGUCUUCAUAUUCUUUACAGAGGAAGAGAUUUGAAUUCCUUUGCAAUGGAGUUGAUUUAUAUUUUGGUAGCUGCAAAAAAGAUAGAUGAUGAUAGAUAGAUAGAUAGAUAGAUAGAUAGAUAGAUAGAUAGAUAGAUAGAUAGAUAUGUGUAUGUAUGUACUGAUUUCAGCUGGGAGCUGCACUCUGUCUAGGGGUGGAAGAGGGCAGGUGGCCUAUAGGUAUGUAAGAAUAAAGGGUGCUCAAGAGAGAGUUUGGAGAUAGAUACCUGUCCCUGGCACCUAGAGCUUCUGGACCAGGAUUUUCUUGACUUGGCUCUACUUUGCCAUCUGUCUGUAGGAAGGCAGAAACAUGAGCAACAGUACUUCUGGAUUCAGUUUAGCAAGCAGCAGCUUUCAAAGAUCCCUGUUGCCAGGUCAUUUAUUUAUUUUUAGCCUGAGGUUGCCCCUCAGGAUUGCCUAAAGAUCUGCUUAUAGACUUCCUGACAGUCUGUCCUGUGAAAGGGGUUUUCCAAGCUGAGUAGGAUUUAGGGGGAAGGCCUAGGGAGGGACUUGGAAGCCAGGCUAAUAAACAACCACACAAUUUUCUGCCAAGCUCUUCUACUUCAAAAAUCUUUAGUAGACCACUUUUGUGUAAUUGUCUCUUUGUCCAGACCUCUCAGAAUAUGGAUAGGUCCUACUGGUUUGAACAGCCAGGUUUGGCAACUUUAUUCAUUUUUCCUUGUGUUAAUUACUUCUGCCUUCAGAUAUGGCAUGCCAGGAGAAAAAAAAAAAAAAAAAAAGCAUUGCUAGGGCUUUUUUUAGCUUGCUCUUGCAGAAGAGUGAUGUGGGUUAGCCUUCCAGUUCUCAUGUCCCUGAAGAUAACUAUAGUGUGUCCUCAAGAUAACAUUAUCCAUGAAUAGAAAAUUCUGAAUAAGCUCAUGUCUUCAGUUUAUUCACGGGAGAGCAAUCCUAGUGAUGGAGUCCUUCAGUGGAAGCUGGACUAGUUACUGGCACAGAAAUUUACUGAAAUUCUGGACUAGGAGGACUGUGGUUUGACUGUUUCUCCUAAUUUUCCCUGAAUGACUGACAAUUGAACAUUUAAAACCAGAGCUAAGCAAUAAUGUAUUAGUGAGAAUCUCUUUUCUGUUGACAUCCCUCUGCCUUGUUACCAGGAGUGAGAGAGGCAAGGAACAAACUUGCUGCUCAUGCCCUUACCCUUUGCAGUGGAAGUUUAAUGCUGAAAGUCUGAAUAGCAAGAGUCAGUGUGUGGUGACUUCACUAAACAUUACCAGCUGGCCACAUGCUGCUCAGAAAACUGUUAUUUGUGCUGGUGCAUUGCUUUCAAUGCCUCCCAGGUCUUUUGUGUCCAAAAAGGAAGAGGCUACUUUUCUUGAAGCCCCUAAGGUGGGGGAACACAUGCUGUUUUAAGCAAGAUGUGUCGUAGGUAGGUAUUUGGUAGUGCUAACUAAGCAGUAAUUUUGAUAAUUCUCUAUAGCCUAUACAGGGCAUUACUAGGCCCAAAGUAUUAUCUGUAAUUUUUAUCUUAGCCUCAUUCUUAAAGUAGUGGGGAAAUAAUUAGAAAAGGAGAAGUUGAGCAGUAGCACCUGAACUAACAGGAGGUGGUAAUUUCAUAAAUUCCUAGCACCAUGAUUUUUACACUGUUUUUCUUUCCCUGUGAAGAGCUGUAUUUAACCUCUGUCAUCUCCUCAGCAGAAGAACAGAUGAACCUGAAGAUACAUUGCAUUUCAGUGAUGCCAUCAAAUAUAUUCUGCUGUGGGACAUUGAAAGUAUCAGAAGACAAGAGCAGCAGAAAAAUAAGUUUGCUUUGCCCCCUAGCAGUUACUGAGCAACCAUGAGCAUACUAAAUAACAGAGGAGUGUAUUCAGUUAGUUUUAUACCAGUUAAGGCAAAUUUUUAGAAGUUUGGGGAGUGCUUAGCUGGUGAAAAACUGUUAUCCAUGCUGAUUUAUUCUUUUAAGCCAUUUCUGAUGUGCAACAAGAGCAUGUCAUUGUGGCACCAAGUGACAAAAUGCUGUGACUUGGACUGUUGUGUCCUUCCUGAGGAAGAAACUGCAUAAAGGGCUUGGGCAUUUCACUCUUCAGAAUCCUUUGGAACCGUAACAGAAGCAGAUAAACAAUACUUAUUGUCUUCUGGUUGUUUCAAAUGAAAUGGUGUCAUUUCAAAACAACAAAAUAUGUUGUUUUCUGGUAGUACUGCUGUUUCAGAGGAAGCUCUGCUGUAGUAGAGCAAGCUUUGUGAUGUAGGUAUAUGCAGGUAUUUCUUUCAGUAGCUGGGCCAAUCUGUUAAAUACUUCCUACUUCAUAUAUUUAGAGUCCAUAAUUAACUUCUGCUGCUGAAACUGCUUUUUGGUUUAGUUUAAAGCUUCUCAGCAUUACAACCACGUUUUCAUCAUAAGUGGCAUAAAGCUGUAGAUGUAAGACCAUUGAUAGGGGACCCAAGCUUCAGCUGCUGAAUGGGUUACCUUUCAUUUUGUGUUUGUUCUACCUGAGUAGACACAGGUAGAAUCAUAAAAUGGUUUUGAUUGGAAGGGACCUUAAAGAUCAUCUAGUUCCAGCUACUCUGCUCUGGGCAGGGACACCUUCCACUAGACCAGGGUGCUCAGGAUCCCAUCCAACAUGGUCUUGAACACUUAAAGAACGGGGCAUUCGCAGCUUCUCUGGAUGACCUGUUCCAGUGCCUCACCACCAUCAUAGUGAAAAGUUUAUUCCUAAUAUCUAAUCUAAACCUGCCCUCUUUUGAUUUGAAGCCAUUUCCCCUUGUCCUGUCACUACAUGCCCUUGUAAAAAGUCUCCAUCUUUCAUGUAGGCUUCCUACCUGUAGGGUGCUGAAAGGCCACAAUUAGGCCAGCCCAAAGCUGCUUUUUACCAGACUGAACUAGAAGAACUUCACAUAACAGUAAAACAGUGAAAUGAGUGAAAGUAGAUGAAUCACUGCCUAUAAAUUGAGGGUCUUGAGAAACCUGUUGUUGACUGUAUGUAAACAAGCCUCCAGCUGUUAUUUGAAAUUAAAGGGAUUACUUUUCCUAAUUAGAGAUGCUCAGCUCUCCUUGAGCUUCAAGGAAGUACGGAUCCAAAUCUGAGCUUCAGAAGAGCGCACAUCACUCAAAAUGUCUAAAAGCAAAAGCACUUCUUGAAAUUCCCUGUCUUUGCAAUGUUGUUAUCCUUCAGCAAAGCUUUUGCUGCCAAGGACAAACUGGAAAACAUCCUCCUCUCACAGAUGACAGUCACUCACACAACAACCCAGUCAUUAAAUAGUUUGCUGCCAGGGGCCUGCUGCCCAUUCUUCCUGCCUGGUGGAGCCUUCCAGGGCCACUGUGAUUGCCAGAGGAAGUUAAAUGAGGGGGAGGGGUACCAAAUUUACAAAAUUGCUUCCAGCUGAUGAGUUAGACAGUUAUUGAGAACAUUUCAUUGGAGAUUUUGGAUUGUUUUCAUUAUUUUUGAUACUUGUUCCCUGUUAGUAUCUGAUUAGUGGGAGAAGCCUCUCCUGAAUUAAGGUUCAAGAAAGAAGCCUGGUGUUAAUCAUUUUUGCCUGGCUGCCAUGGUAAAAUUCAGAGGUUGUUACCUCACUCUGUGCCAGGGAGGUUCAAAUUUGACAUGGGAAAUAAUUUCUUCACAGAAAGGGUUCUUAAGCAUUGGAAUAGACUGCCCAGGGGAGUGUUGGAGUCACCAUCCCUGGUGGUGUUCAAGAAACAGCUGGACUCCGUGCUAUGGUGUAAUUGACAAGGUAGUGAACAGUCAAAGGUUAGAGGUCUUUUCCAACCUAAGUGAUUCUCAAUGCUUGAUUUGGUGACCUGGGUCUUGUCUGUGGAGAAAAAUGGGCUUACAUAGGAACUUGGGAAAUUAAUGUGGAAUUUGAGGUCUCCGGGCCACCUGUCCUGCAGAGGGCCUGAAUGCUGCCAAAUUACAGAGACUACCUUUCUCUUCCUUUAAACAACUGCACUCAAAGCUUUUUUUUUCCCCAAGUUUUUAGCCUGCUCAUCUCAUUUGUGGGUUUUCUCCACUGUUCAGGAUGACAGCAGACAUCUAGGGAAGCUAAUUACUCUUCUGUCAAGCCCUCAAAGGCUGUACAAGCCUUUUGGGAGAACAUGUCAUCUUUAUCUCCAGCACAGAUUUUGAUGAAAAUACCAGUUUAGCUUAGAAGCCAGCUUCCCAGGGGUUUUCCUUCCUGCAGCAAAAGCAUGGAGCCGAUCUCCCUGGCUUGCCAACCCAGGACCCACACAGACCUAUAGAUAAGGGAGAUGCUGCAAGCAAGGAGACCCCUUGGACCAGCAAGAGCAGCCAAGGCAAGGAAAGCUGGGGAGCCCCAGUUUCUACAGGGCUUACCAAAAUUCUACCACUGGCUCAUUUGUUUCAGCUGUCCUGCUGUCCUGUAAAGCAUGAAGCUGGCAGGAAACUAAGCCUGGCCUGUCAUUCAGUGCAGAGGAGAAGUCCUGCUCAGGUCAGGCCUUUGGCACAGCUGAGACCUCAGGCUACCAAGAGAGAUUUCUGGCCUGCAUGAGACAUAUUUUUGGAGGGAAGCAAUGAACUGACAGGGUUUUCUGAAUGACAGCUUUAGACUUAAAAACCUAAAGCCUAUCAGACAUAGAUCCUCCUGUUGACUCUGAGCCCCUGUCUUGCAGCAACAGCUUUGUCCUUCUCAUUCUCCCAUCCCAUUCUCUCUACACUUUUGCAUGUUGCAGGAAUACGUAAUUUUCUUUACCUUUGAGCUCCAAAAGGUGUUCUCAUCUUUCCUAAUCACAUUACACUUGAUCAUUUUUUAUUCCUCGGCCUUCUUGCUUUUUAACUUUUGUCUACUCUUUGAAUUAUCCAGAGCUUCAGCAUGUGAGAAUGUCUACAAAGCUUAUGGCAAAACAAACAAGCUGCAGGCUAACACAUACACCUACGCAGAGAGAGACCUUUCCUUCGGGUUUUGCUUCAUUUUCUUUCUUCUUUCUGUUCCAGAUCACUUUUUAGAAAUUCAGAAAUCCCUUGAGCCAGUUUCUGAAGACUAGCUGUUCUCCUUGGGUGACAUACGGUUGCCACAAACGUGGCCCUCCUAAGGACUGUUUCGCUCAAAUUGUAGUUCUGGGAUGCAGCAGGGACUGUGACAGCAUGCUUAUUAUCCACAGACAACUGAAUCUCUCCCGUCAGGAAUGUUUGGUACUAGCAUUAAAAUUCCCAUUUUGCCCUCUGGUUGUAAUCCCUGCUUUCACUGUGCUUUCACCAUCUGUUGCAAAUCCAGCUGUUGAUGUUUAAAGAAACACUUUUGGAACAUAAGUUGUGGUUCUGAAAAACCUCUCCAGUUGCUUCUGUGAUAAUUGGAUGUCCUUACUUAACAAACAAGUAAUGCCCAAGACAAACUGCUGCUCUGAACUUCCUCCUGGUCUGUUUGUCAGCUCCUCUAGCUGGAACUAGCUGUGGUUUAGCUUCUGUUGUUUUUUCCUUUCCCUCAUUAUUUCACCAGGGCAAGCUGUCCCCACAGACUGCUGCCACCUCUUGUGCAUCUCCUCCAUCUCAUUCCUUGAAAUUGCUAAUGAAAAGAUGUUGCCUGUGCAUGCUUUUCACCCUGGAAGAUGGGCAGCUUGCAGAGCUUUCAGCCCUGAUGGUGAUUUCGCCUCUACAGCAGCCAUUUGUCCCAGUAAUUGUCUCUCAGAGACACAGGCCCCCCAAGAUAAUGUGGGCUUCUGCUCCUGCAAAUUCCAUGCUGUUUUCAUUACAGCAUCUCCUGCAGGCACACAAAUAGUAUGUCUGGCAUUUCCCUAUUCUCAUUUCAGGAAAACACAGCCAGCAAGGUCUAAAUCAAACAAAAUCCAACAGAACGGAGGAGUUUGGGGAUUCCUCAAAGUGAAACACCAUCCCCCAACACAAGGUUUUCAGUACUGGAAGCUGAAAAAUGACUGGCAGCAGAAGGCAGUCCUCAUCCAAAGCACAACAAUCCGUAUGAAUCUUCCCAUUUUGGCAAUGAACUUUCAGAUCAGAUCCAAAAACAGCAGGGGAAUUUUCACACUAGUGUAAUUGUGAAGUUGCAGCAUAGAUGGUACGAAAGAGCCCUCAAAUACCUGUUGAGAUAUUUCAAUGUACCUUACUAGGGUAGUUCUGCCACUGCUAAUUUUGUGCCUAUAUUUAACUGAGUCCUUGAACAAUCUGGGAACUGCAGGUCAUUAAUUAUCACAGCCAUCCUCAGUGACAGGGCGGGUGAGAACACAUGUUAGGGACGAGGCAAAGGGACGAGGCCAGGGAGCUGUGCCCUAUCCUCAGGAAGCUCCCCACCUGGCUCCAAGCCAGAAGCUCACCCUAGGGAGUCUUGCAGGCAUUCCUAACAGCAUCUCCCUCUCAGCCCUGCUGAGAGCAGCAGAGAGGUGGCAGCCUGAGACCCUGCUGCACCUGCUCACUUCAAGUCCUGGGAAGUCUGAACCUUACCACAAAAGUGUGGACAAUCCCCUCUGAACUGCAGCAAAUCACUUUUAUGUAUAAUUUACUGUUGAAAUCAAAGGGAAAAAAACCUCCAAACUUCAUGGUUCUCAAGUCUCCAUGACACAUCCUGAAGAUUGUUCACACUAGAAAGAUGGUGGGAGAAAAGUGAGGAAAUGGUUGUAAAAAGGAAACACUUUCUUUCAUUCUUAAACCCUUUCCAGCUCUUGCAGUCUGAAGCCAUUUAAGAUUUUAAAAGGAAUAAGAUUAUAAAGACUAAGAUCACAUGUUCUUUGAAUUUGACACCCUACCCCUGCUGGGAUUUUUCAGCCAAGGGAAUACACUUCUGUACUCAGUCCUUGUGUGUCUUCAUCCCCUGUGAUGAUCUGAGGUGACUUUGCUGGCCCAUAGGAACGUUGAGCAGCAGAGUGUUUUGAAAGAGAGACACAGGUAAAAUGCUCAGAGAUGGUUUUAUGCAAAGGAAUAUGUAUGUACCUGUUCAUUACUACUACUCCCUUAAUACUUGGAUUCAUGUAAGGGUUAUCAAGGAGUUUCCUGAGCUCUUUGCUUUCUAAUCAAAACAAAACCAAGCUUCUGGUGCCAGCUCGUUACUAGAAAUGCCUUUAAAUACCUACACAUCCUUUGCUCUACUCACAUUUAAUUUUAAACUGGCUUGACAACUGACAACUAACCUGAUAUCCUAUCAUUCUUUUCCCUUCUCUCUUCUAACUUAACUGACUGCGCUCUAGAUACUGACAUUGAUGCCAGCGGUCUCUGCCUUUUCACUUCCAUUUUCCACCUCUGCUAUUUGUGCAAAAUGUGGUUUUCAGUUUUCUGGUCAAACUCAUAUAUAAUGGGUUCAAUGUCUUGCUGUUUGGUUCUUUUCCUCACUGAAACACAUGUCUUAAAAUUCUUAUUUAAUUGCAGAAAAUUUGUCAUUUGUCCAGGAAAAAAAAAAAUUAAGGACAUCUAUCACAAAAGAGAGGAAAUUUGAAAAUGAAAUUACUUGAUUUUGCCAACAUUUUGUGAGACUCUUUUCCAACACUCUACUGAAUGUGUCAUGAACACAUCACUGUGUGGUCCUAAAAUAAGGAGUCCUGUUUGAGCAUAUUGUUGUUCACCGUCCUUCAUGCUCAAAAUAAUCCAACAUUACCCCAAAGCAUUUAUAUGCCUGGGACAGAUUUUUGGUGUGGUUCCACCUUUAUUUUUAUAAGGUUUCUUCAAAGAACAGGUAUGCUGCUGCUCCUCCUCUGGUUUUUUUUCUGCCAGGUUGUUGCUGAAAACAUAUAAGCUCUCAACAGGAGCUAGAGCACAAUAGCAUUAAUCAGUGCCUCCUGCCAUAUUCUUGCCAGUUCAAAACAGCACUUGAGGGAUUAUUUCUCAGCCUUGAUUCAAAAUCAAUGACCUCUUGCUUAUUAUUUUAACUGCAGUGACAGUUCUGCUGAAUGGAGAGACUUCCCCAUGUGUGCUCCGUUGGAUUUGUAGCAGUUACAUUCUAGUGUUCCUAAAUUCGUAUUUGGGUGCAAGAUUUUGCCCUGUUUUAAGUCUCAUCUCUUCUGCCCAGUGAAAGGGCUUUCUUCUUUUCCCCUUUCUGCGUGCUUUGGUUUCUCUUUCUCUUACAGCCUCAGACAGAGGCAGCGGGGAAAACUCUGAUCCUCGAGGACAAGUCUGAAACAGUAGUGAGAAAUUGUGGGUUUCAGCCUCCUUCAUCGUUUCCAUUUUUCAGGAAACGAAGCCUGGCUCACAGCGACACAGCAGCAGUGGUGCAGGAGCCCCAGCAUCCCCAGGGCUCCGUGGUCCCCCGGAGCAGCUGAGCCCUGCCUGCCCAGGCACCGUCCGGGCCUGGGUGCCUCACCUUCGCUUCCCAACAGUGGCCACCCGACCUCAUCAAGCAGGGGCUGCCUUUCCUGUCAGGAACACUGGGGAUGCUGCAGGUGCCAUGAACAUGCAGGGAAAGGCAGGAAUGAUUCCAGCAGUAAAAUGGACUAUGGGAUGGACUUCACUGGGAGCCACAUGUGCACUGAGCUCAGUUUAAAGACACUCAAGAGAAAGUUAUGAGGAGCUUACUGGAAGGUUUGUCUUAAGCCUUUCAGACAAUUCAGGUUAUGCCAUCCCAUUCUCAGUUUCUUCUUGCCCGCUUAUCAUAGUGCUACAAUGAAUCUCAUAGACACAUCUUCAGAGGGAAAUGGAAAACAUCUUUUAGUUUGUCAGCUGCAAAAAAAAAAAAAAAAAAAAAAAA